AGUGGCGUCGACUUAACUGACUUAACCUGUACUGCGUUUCCGAGUUUUCUAGAGGUUUCCUGAGUGAAAUGCAACUGAAGAUGAACACUGGGAUAACGUGGACCCAGUUGGAAUUGACUGGUCUUUUGGAGGACGAGGAUUCAAAAGUAUUUUUCGAAAGAUCGAGACGACAUCUCGGCCUGCAUCCGUUUCAUCUAACGGACAUGAACGCGGCACUCAAUGAAAUUUUAAGCGGCACGCUUAACAAUUACGAUUCCGAGUUGAAUGGAAUUGUAUUAUCGUAUAAAAAUCCAAAACUACUUACACCUUUAGGGAAUAUAUUGUACGAUACAUAUUACAUUCAUGUCGACAUCGUUGCUGAUUUUUACGUUUUUAGACCAGAAAUAGGGUGUUCGUUACGAGGUUUUGUUAAUAAAAAGAGCAAUGGCCACGUAGGGAUUUUAGUGCAUAAGGCUUUUAACGUAUCGGUUCCUAAGCCGGAUAACGUGAAAGAGUGGCCUGGAGAUAAAGUAAUAUCGGGCCAAGAAGUACGAUUUACAGUAAAAUUCUUGGAUUUUGAUGGCAGGAUACCAUACAUUAGGGGUAUCUUGGAUCCUGUACACUAUCUAGAUGGGUGCAAACUUUUUAACGCUGAUUUUGAUGAAGCAUUAGAUAUGGAACCAUAUGUUGACUUUAACGAAAGAAAUUAUGAGGAAGAAGAUCAAGUAACGGUGACCUCUAAAAAGAGAUUAAAAAAUUUUGACAUAGGGUUAGAAAUACAUGAGCCUAAACAAAAAAAAAGCAAAGACAGACAAAAAUUAUCACGAAGUUAUACAGAUUUUAUUAACGAGGAUGAUGACACUCCGAAGAAGAAGAUAAAGAAAUCUAAAUUAUCUAAUUUAGAUAACGAUGAAUUGAUUGAUGUGGAUAUUAAACCUAAGAAAACUAGUAUAUCCAACAAACGUAGUAACGUUACUACCGAAGAUGGAGUUCCAAAGAAACGUGGGAGAAAGUCAAAAAUGUCUUUUGUAGAAGAUGAAGUCGCUUCAUCUUAUGACAACCUUGAUGAGACAGGAGAAACGUUUGACAAUAAUAUUUCUAUUAAGAAUGAGUCGAUUAAAAAACGAUCGAAAAGAUCUGGACCGUUGGCAUUGGAAAGUGAUGACUCGAGUGAUACAAGUAUCAUGUCUGAAAAUACUGGAAAUUCAAAAAGUGCGGGUAGUAUUAAGAAAGAAAAUGAACAGAAGGAAUCCUUGAAGAAGUCCUCAAAGAAAUCAAAUAUUGGUCAGUUAAGUACAUCAGGUAAUGCAAACGUCUCUGAAACUCCUACAAAGAGGCAUUCUAGAAAGUCACAUGAAAAGCGGGACAACUUGAGCAGUAUAAAUAUUAAAUCUGAAAAAUCUAUUUUAUCAAACAGUAGUGACACUGAACAAGAAGAAAAAGAAAUAAUUUCAAAGAAACGUUUGAAAAGAUCAUUUGAUGAAUCGGAUGGUAUGACUAAUAUUAGCGUAAAGUGCGAAGAUUCACCGAAAAAGCGUCACAAGAAGUCAGGCUUGAUCGAUGGAGAAACAAUGCCUGAAAGUUCACCGAAUGAGCAUAUUGUAAGGCCAGGCUGGCAUGAUGUAUGUGAGAAGUAUGAAGAUGCACCAAAAAGACGAUCUAAAAAAUUGAAUCAUACUCACCCAUCCAUCUUGAGCGAUGUGAAAAUCAAGUCUGAAGAUACUGUGACGGGCAUCGGAAACUCUGAUGACGACGAAGAAAUGUCACUAAGAUACAUUCAAGCAUGGAGUCAGAGCAGUAACAAUGCAGCAGAAGACAUCGAAGACACCGUUUCAAGGAAACGUUUCAAAAAAAUUAAACCAGACACCUCGGACAUAGAAGACAUUUAUGACAUGAGAGUAAAACCUGAAAAGUGUACACCUCCGACUGAGACCACUACGACUGAGCAAGUAGAAAUAAAAUCUCCGAAGAAACAUUCGAAGAAGUCUAAGCUAUCGAAUUCAUCUUUUAACGAUUCAAUAGAUAUUGCAACCCAAUCAGAACAAGAAGAAUAUCUAAAACCGGAGAAAAAAGUUCAAUCAAGGUCGCCAAAGAAACACAUAAAGGAAUCUGACACACCGAUCCAAGAUAUUGACGAUCUUAGAAAAAUAAAAAUAAAAUCUGAGAGGGAAGACAACUUCAACUACUUAAAUCAUUCAAAAGAAGAGAAGACUCAGAGGAAGUCACUGAAAAAGGAGCCAGAAAUAUACGAAACAGUGAAUCUAAUCGAUGAAGACAUUUUGAGUUUCAACGAUAAGUCAGAGAGAGAUGCUUCAAAUUCCUUAAAAAAAACCAUGACGAAGUCCAAAUUAAGUUUGAAAAACGACAUCGUAGUGCUUGACUCCGACUUAGAAGAGGAGAGCGUUCCAGACUUCGGACACCUUCGAAGACUCUUUUAAUUUGACACGCUGGUGAUCAGAAAAUUCUUAUCGAAACAUCAUCGAGGAAUUUCCUUCGUUUACGCAUGAAAACCUUGCAAUGAAUAGUUGAAUUAAAAAUUCUUCAUAAAGGGUAUUCCCUCAAACUUGAUUUAAGAACCACCAGGGAAGAGCAUUCGACUGUUGGCUCGAAAUUUGGAGAUCUGCCGAGAUGUACAGAGUAUUUUCCCCUUUUUUAAGAAUUGGACGAGAAAUUCGCCUUCACUGAGACAAUUGGACCCAUUGAGAGAUACCGAAGUUUUAGGGUAAUUUUAUAAGAACCUUGUAGCGACUUCCACAUCUUGAUAAGUGAAUGUAAAUAUGUACAAUACCGAGUUCCACAAUGAUAACAAACGAUCUUUAUUGAAACUUUAAUAAAAGGUAACUCAGUAGUA